AUGGCUCCGACUACUGUCCUUAUCACAGGUGCUAAUCGAGGUAUCGGAAAAGGCCUUGCGGCUGCAUACCUGAGAACUCCGAACACCAUCGUCAUCGCGGCCUGUCGAGAUAUAUCACCCGAGAAAACAGAACCUUUGCACUCCUUGCCUCGUGGUACCGAUUCCAACCUCACCAUUAUAUCCCUCAGUCUUGAUCAACCCGACAGCAUCAUCGAGGCAGCUCAGCAACUGCAAGCACAGCACCGAAUCUCACAGAUCGAUGUCGUUGUGGCCAACGCGGGAAUCUGCGAUCACUAUGGACCCCUGGUCGAGAUGACGGACUCCGACUUGCAGAGACAUCUAGAGAUCAACACUUUCGGCCCGCUGAGAUUGUUCCGGACGAUUUCCCCCUUCUUACAGGCGAGUCAGCAACGACCAAAGUUUGUGUAUGUGUCGACGGAGAUGGCCAGUCUUGCACGGCUGGAGCAGAACAAGGAAUCUCUCACGAACGCAUACGGAAUGUCAAAAGCGGCGGGCAAUUUCUUCGUCAGGAGAGCUCAUUUCGAACACGAGAAUCUCAUAACGUUUUCCGUGGACCCCGGGUUCGUUCAAACAGACAUGGGAAACCGUGGGGCACGAGCCCGAGGCCUUGAUAUGGCCACGUUGACGGUUGAUCAAAGCGUUAACGGCAUUAUUCAACUGAUCGAACAAGCCACGAAAUCGACUACAUCUGGCCUCUUUCUGGGCCACAACGGCGAACAGAUGCCAUGCCAACUAACGAAGACAUCAGUUGCAGGUAUGGACCAUAUCCGACAGGCGUUCACUCAAGCUGCGAAUCAGCAGCGUGCAGCCCUAGUAGCCUAUAUCACGGCAGGGUACCCUACGAUCGAUGAGACAGUCGAAUUGCUUCUUGGGCUUGAAAAUGGCGGCGCUGAUGUUAUCGAGCUUGGCGUUCCAUUCACCGACCCCAUUGCCGACGGCCCAGUCAUCGAGGCGGCCAACGUAAAGGCCUUGACUAAUGGGGUCACGAUCGCGACAGUCUUGAAUAUGGUGCGUGAGGCGAGGAAGAGAGGUGUGCGGGUCCCGAUCCUGUUGAUGGGGUACUAUAACCCGAUUCUCCAAUAUGGGGAGGAGCGGAUGAUCAGGAACUGCAAAGAUGCAGGCGUCAAUGGCUUCGUCAUGACGGACCUGCCGCCAGAGGAAGCAGUCUCUUUCCGUGGACUUUGCAACACAUUCGGACUAUCGUUCAUCCCACUUGUCUCACCUGCGACGCCCGAUGCGCGCGUCAAACUGCUGUGUCAAAUGGCCGACUCGUUUAUAUAUGUGGUUUCACGCAUGGGAGUGACGGGUGCUACAGACCGGUUAGGUGAGGAUCUCUGGGCACUCAUGGGUCGAAUUCGAACUUGGUCUGGGAGGACUCCCACCGCCGUAGGAUUUGGCGUAAGCACACGGGAGCACUUCUUAGCGGUGCAGGACAUCGCGCAGGGCUGCGUGAUCGGGAGCCAAAUCCUCAAGGUAAUAGGUGCCGCUCCGGCUGGUCAGGCGGCCACUCAUGUAGUAGAUUACCUCGCUGGGAUCACGGGGCGCAGGCUCGUGCGAGGAGCGAACGGGGUACUCAUAGACCAUCAGAGCGCCAUCCACUCUACAUUCCAGGACGAAGGCAAUGCCGUGGACCUCGACAGUCGGCUUCCCUCCAGCACACGGUUUGGUGAAUUUGGCGGUCAGUAUGUUCCAGAGGCUCUUAUCAACUGCCUUGCACAGCUCGAGCGCGGAUUUGAGGCAGCACGCCAGGACCCUACCUUCUGGAACGAGUUUCGCGCUCAUUACGCAUAUCUCGGCCGACCCAGCAGUCUUCAUCUUGCGGCGCGCCUCACGGAACACGUCGGGGGAGCGAAUAUUUGGCUAAAGCGAGAGGAUCUCAACCAUACAGGGAGUCAUAAGGUGAACAAUGCUCUUGGUCAGAUUCUUCUUGCGCGACGACUGGGGAAAACGAGAAUCAUCGCCGAGACUGGAGCCGGGCAACACGGGGUAGCCACCGCCACUCUGUGCGCUAAAUUUGGUCUCCAAUGUGUGAUCUAUAUGGGUGAAGAGGAUACACGCCGACAAGCCUUGAAUGUAUUCCGCAUGAAACUCCUAGGCGCAGAGGUUGUGCCAGUUCAGACUGGGGGCCGGACUUUGCGCGAUGCGGUCAGCGCGGCUCUCCGGGCGUGGGUAUCAACUCUGGACACCACGCAUUAUGUUCUUGGUUCGGUGUCAGGGCCACACCCAUUCCCUACGAUUGUGCGCACUUUCCAGUCGGUGAUUGGGGACGAAACUAAACAACAAAUGAACAGGGCCAUCGGUCGACUGCCCGACGCGGUGGUUGCCUGCGUGGGGGGCGGAAGUAAUGCCUCAGGCAUGUUCUAUCCCUUCCUUCACGACCCGGUCCAACUUCUAGGCGUCGAGGCUGGAGGUGAUGGUUUAGGCACCUCUCGCCAUUCUGCGACGCUAACCCGCGGCAGCAAGGGUGUACUUCACGGAGUGUACACGUAUCUGCUGCAAGACAACCAAGGGCAGGUAUCGACCACGCAUUCGAUCUCCGCGGGCAUGGACUAUCCGGGGGUUGGUCCGGAACUAAGCUCUUGGAAGGAUAGCCAGCGAGCUCAGUUCAUGGCUGCUACGGAUGCGCAAGCGCUGAGCGGAUUCCGUGCACUGGCGGAAUAUGAAGGGAUCUUGCCGGCGCUAGAAUCUUCCCAUGCUGUCUAUGGGGCGAUGGAGCUGGCCAGGACGAUGACGACGGGGCAGAAUAUCGUCGUCAGUCUGAGCGGAAGAGGCGACAAGGAUCAUAACGGGGAAAGGGGAAGCGGUGAAUGCAAGACAAGGCCUCUAGCGCUGCCUAAGAACAACCUACGCGGUUACAACUCAUCCUCUAACCUGCAAUCUGCCGGGGUGUGUCAAAAAGGCGCGGUUCCAGUUUACUAUGGCUAUAUUGAGCAAAUCGACCCAGUUCUCUUUCGUCCUCAUUUCGGUCAUUUCGCAGACGAUGAAAAUCAACCCAAUGCCAUCAUGUUGGAGUAUCUACCGGAACCAAAAGGGCUGAAUUGCAUGAAUUACUCACCCGAGCGCUUCCAGAUCGCAAUGCAGGGGUUGAGUGCGAUUCAUCGCGCGCGGGUUCUUCAUAAUGACCCGUAUCCGAAAAAUAUCCUUCUUGUGCGUGGGGAACCAACGCGUGUCAUUUGGAUUGAUUUCGAUAUUGCGACAACAUAUUCAGAGGCUCAGAUGGAGGAUGGUCAGGUGCAGAAGUACUUUGAGGAAGAGGCCCUGUGGGCGAAAAGCUUUGGAGAUCUAUUGAUAUGA